AUGGAUGCUGCAAAGGCUUUGCAGUUGCUGCAGCAAAUCCAUUCCUUUGGUCAAACAGACCUGAGAGAAGCGUGUGAAGUUGAGAUCGCCCGAGACUUCGAGAACUGCGUACAACUUUCGAGCUUCACCAAACUCAGUUCCUCGCAACUGGCUCGAAUCCUGGCACGAGAUGACUUGUGGGUCACACAAGAAGAAGUUGUGGUACAGGGCCUUUUCAACUGGAUGAAGACGAGCAAAAAAAGACGAAGUCAUUUGGGCAUGUUGCUGCAGCUAAUCGAUCUCCCAUCUCUCUCCACCCAAAAUUUGAAACGACUGCGCUCCUUCGCUCAGUCAAUGGGGGAAGAUGGUUUCGAACUCCAGUACUCGGCCGAUGAAGCUUUGCGGUCACAACUCAAGGCGAAGGCACAGCGAACAGAAGGAUUUCAUCGACCACCAGGGAAGAGAAGAUGUCUGCAGCACUGGUCAACAGAGCAGAGAUCCUUUUCACGAAGCUACAUUCGCGGUCGGUGGGUUGCAGGAGAUUGGGGGACUCGUUUUGGUAGCAUCCCUCCGUCGUGGAACACCGUGUGUUUCCACCAAAAUUAUUUCUACAUCGCUGAUGGUGGUCUAACUCGCUGGAAGCCACAUGAGAGUCGCGGCCGCGGGUUGAUCGCAAACUGCGUGCACGGAAUUACCAUCUCUCCACAGGGACAAAUCUAUUUGGUUGACAAAUACAAUGGCGAAUUGCGAGUGUAUGAUCUCAACACACCUGAACUAGCUCCACCACGAUUUGUGGCCAAAAUUGAUGAUGGUAUUGAUUUGUUCCAUUGCUCCUGUUCUCCUAGCGGUGUUCUCUACACAUCGGGAACCACUGACUACGAAACCGGUCAGGUGAAGCGCUUGGAGGGAUCCAAUCUGGUGCCUCUUUCUGUGGAUCUUCCAUCUGAUUUCGUUCCUCACUUCAUUUUUGCCGCCCGUGACGAAGUUCUCUACAUCGCUGGCAUUGACGACUGCCUUGAUGUCUCCGAACUAUGGGUCUUCCUGCGGGUGGAUCCAGGGCAGAGCGAGCCAGUGGAACUGGGCCGGAUGGAGACGGAGAUCGUGGUGUUCAAUCCUGGCGACACGAGACCAGUGAAAGUGGUCGGAACUCAUGAACCACCCGUGGACCUCUUGGCAGGGUCUACGAGUAUGCCUUCCCUCCAGCGCUUGAAUUUGAAUGACUUUGAUUUGUUGCUCCCGGUGAAAUCUGCUGUGGAAAAAAUCAUGGGAGCCUGCUUUGCUCUCCCAGGAUAUUGCUAUGCGGAUGCUUAUCCUCAAAAAGCAAGGUGCUACAUGGGUGCUCGCGCUCCCAAGGUGAGAUUCCACAAUAGCCUGAUCUUGAGGUUGGGCGCGGCGCCUCCGGUGCCGCUGCCAGAGGCGACCGCGGAGGAGUGGGCUGCCUGGGCCAAUUCAUGCAUCUGGGUGCCACUUGUGCUGAUGGCCUUUAGCUUCUUUGUGGCCUACAAGCUCUGUUGGGUCAUCGAAUUCUCCAAGGGCGACCAGUUUGUGUGGUUGCCGCAUACCAGACAUGGCAUCAUUUGCUUCUCGGUCUUUUGCCUCCUCUUCUUCUGGAUGCUGCAGGUGGUUCGGUUCUUCUUGGUGCGAACUGACAUCAGACAACUCGAAAAUCGAAUGGAUCGGCUUCAAACGUCGUUGCGACACUUUCAGGAUCUCACCGAUGAUUUGGUGGAGGCCGAGAAGGCCUACAACCAGAGCUUGAUGUUUGCGCCAGACAGUUGUGGUCCUCACAACCCCUUGGCCACGGAAUUUGUGAAGCUCUUGGCCGGCGGACUGCAAUCGGAGUUCCAACAGGUGGACUUGAUCCUGGAAAUCGUGAGGGAAACCUUGGAUACCUUGAUGGUCCUCCUAGCACGAGGCAAAACGAAUCUUCAUUCAUUUGGUUAUGCCCUGACCUACUAUCCGAUCUUUCCGGCAGUGGUAAUGCUCCUUGGGAUGGCUGCUCUACUGUGCAUAGCGGGAUAUGCAUGGAACCGGCCAAAGACGCUGGUGAACCCGUGGUUUCAAGGUGCACUGAAAUUCCUCUCGCCGUGCAUUGUGAUCUUCGUUUUGUUCUGCGGACUUUGUGCUUCGCUCUGCUUCUAUGUGUCGAUACUUGUCACGGGUUACUGCUACAACGUGGAUGAGAACCUACAGGUGGCCAGUAGCAGGGUCCAGUUCCAGGAUGUGGUGGCGCAGAAGGUGAACGUUGAGCCUAUUUUGCAACACACUGCUGCCUACUAUCUGCAAGGCGUCAACGUCAAUCCUUUGGCCACCCUACUACAGAAUUUCGAAGCUGCUUUGUACACGGUGAAGCGCUUCUACAAGAUGUUCGAGUGGUUGGUGGAUAUGGGUGCAGCCAGUUGUCCGGGCCUGAAGCAACUGAGCCCGGAACCGCUGUUGGAGUCCCUGUUGCAGACGUCGUAUUUGUCAGACAACUUCAUCUCCGCUGAGAACAUGUGGCCAUAUUACCAGUCCAUCGUUCACAAGACUGUUUGCCACCACUUUCCACGAAAUGGUAUGGGAUUAGUGUUUAUUUGCAUCCUCAUUGGUUUCUUCUUCUGCCCCGCGAUCGCCAUCACCAUCAGUAAUCACUUGAAGUACAUGAGCUUCGGGAUGAAGGUGAACGAGCUUGCCAGAGAAGAAGGACAUAUGUCACCAGUGAAAGCCAACGUUGGGGCAGUGGGCGUCCUCAUCCAAUCAAGGCUGUCUGAGCUGAGUACCUCCGAGCAAGCGCUGCUGUUGGAAUCGCUACAGCAGGAUGUCUCGAGGAAAUUUGAGGAGGAGGCCUCACCGACAGCUGCAGAGAAGACGACAGACACCGACUCUGAGGGAGGGACCGAUAGGAUGUGUUGAACAGACAAAGAGCUGUUUUGAUUGUGCUGUUUUGGGUUUAAUCUGGGUCGCCUUCAGUUGCUGAUAUGUUGGUCCAUGUUGCUCCUGAACCCUUGGCUGGAC